AUUCAGUCGGUAUAUGACUGUUCAUGAACAUCUCGGGAAUAUCGCUGUGUCAGGGCCAAGGCGUACUUGCUAUAUACUGUUACUGCAGGACUAGUAGACUCAGAAUAUUGGCGGUUGAAUGUUAAACAGAAGGCUGGAGACAUGGUGCAAACAGUCGUGACGGUGUUGGGUGUGGUCGGUGUGGCACUGGCAAUCUUUAUCAACUUCUCCAUCCACAAAAUUGAGGAAGGGCAUGUUGGUGUUUACUACAGAGGAGGAGCCUUAUUGAGUACAACAAGUGACCCAGGCUAUCACUUCCAGAUUCCUGGCAUAACAAUGUUCAGAUCUGUUCAGACGACGUUGCAGACAGAUGAAGUGAAGAACGUCCCAUGUGGUACCAGCGGAGGAGUUAUAAUAUAUUUUGAAAGGAUUGAAGUUGUCAAUAAAUUAAGUGUUUCCUCAGUUUUCAAUGUUGUGAAGAACUACACCGCUGACUAUGACAAGACUCUCAUCUACAACAAGAUCCAUCAUGAGCUCAACCAGUUCUGUAGCGUCCACAAUCUCCAGGAGGUCUAUAUCGAUCUCUUCGAUCAGAUUGAUGAGAACCUGAAGAAAGCCCUGCAGGAGGAUCUGAACACCCUUGCCCCUGGGCUGACUGUACAAGCCGUCCGAGUCACCAAACCCAAGAUCCCAGAAACCAUCAGGAAGAACUAUGAAGCCAUGGAGGCCGAGAAGACCAAGCUACUAAUCAGCAUCCAGAGACAGAAGGUUGUGGAGAAGGAGGCUGAGACCGAACGCAAGAAGGCCAUUAUUGAGGCAGAGAAGGUAGCUUUAGUGGCCAAGAUUCAGUGGGAACAAAAGGUUAUGGAGAAGGAGUCUGAGAAGCGGAUGUCUGAGAUUGAAGAUGCCACCCAUUUGGCGCGAGAGAAGGCAAAGGCUGAUGCAGAAUCCUACAAGGCUCAGAUGGAGGCUGUUUCCAACAAGCUAAAACUAACCCCUGAGUUCCUAGAGAUGCUAAAGUACCAGUCUAUUGCCGCGAACAGCAAAAUCUACUUUGGUAGCAGUAUUCCUGGCAUAUUUCUGGACAAUCCCUGGGCAGGGUCGUCAGAGGGGGCAGUCAAAGAAGCAGACGCCAUGGCAUCAAACAAGGGAGCUACAGGAAGGGGGAGGGCGUAAAUUGUAGCCAUGAUAUGGAGGCGUGGGGGACAUCGACACAGGGUCCAUCAGCUGUGGUACUGUUACACAUUGCUCAACUGGAAUCUACCACCAUGAUGACACUGAUGUCUGGCUCCAGAAUUCUGGAGAAAAGAACAAAAAGAAACUGGCAUUAAUCUGAUAACUAAAUUACCCUAGUGCUGUUCAAUGACUUGAUCUCCAAAGAUUGUUUCAACUUUUUAUAUCUAAUUUUCAGUGAACAUUGUAAUUUCCUAAAUAUUUAUGUCUACAUGAAAUCUUUGUAUAUACAGAGCAUACAUCAGUUAUUAGUUUUUAAAGAUUCAGCUGUUAAAUUUCAAGUGUAAAGAUGUUCAGUGCUCCACUGGAAGGCACAAAAUUUUUGUUGAUUUUAUUAUGUAUAUAUGUGGUUGAUCAUCUUGCGUACCGACUGGCUUUUAGGGUUGCUCACGAAGUAGGACUAUUUUCAGGACGACUUCUUGUGUUAGACCUUGUUCAAAUUAGAUGACCAAUAAUCAAAGUGCUCUCAUAAAAAUCCAGAUAUCAAAAAUGUCUCUUCUCAAAACCCACUCCUUCCAUUUUUAUAUCAAUUUGGUGAAAGUGUGUACCAAACUCACUCACUCACUCACUCACUGUGUGUAUGCCCUGGUAGUUGGCUUGGGGUCCUGGUAGUUUUGGCCCAGUCGUGGUAGUAGGGGUGGGGUCCUGGUAGUAGAGUUUUGGUCCUGGUGGUAGGCUUGGACCCUGGUAGUGGGUCAGGACCGGUAGUAGAGCAGGGUUGUGGUAGUA